AUGUCUGGAAACAGCCUGGUGUUACCCAUAGUGCUGUGGGGCCGCCACGCGCCCACACACUGCAUCUCCAGCCUCCUGGUGAUGGACGACCUGGCCACCAUCAUCACGGGCUGCCACGAUGGGCAGAUCUGCCUGUGGGACAUGACGCCUGACCUGGAGAUAAAUCCUCGGGCCCUCCUGUUCGGCCACACUUCCUCCAUCACGUGUCUGUCCAAGGCCAGUGCUGGCAGUGACAAGCAGUACAUUGUCAGUGCCUCGGAGAGUGGGGAGAUGUGUCUGUGGGACGUCAGCGACGGGCGAUGCAUCGAAUUCACCAAGCUCGCCUGCGCUCACACGGGGAUACAGUUCUACCAGUUCACCAUCGGUACCCAGCGCGAGGGCCGGCUCCUCUGCAACGGCCACUACCCGGAGAUCCUGGUGGUGGACGCCACCAGCCUGGAGGUGCUCUACUCGCUGGUGUCCAAGAUCUCGCCCGACUGGAUUAGCUCCAUGAGCAUAAUUCGCUCGCACCGCACCCAAGAGGACACAGUGGUUGCGGUGUCAGUCACUGGGAUAUUGAAAGUGUGGAUCAUCACAGCUGAUGUUAGCAGAAUGCAGGACACGGAGCCCGUCUUUGAGGAGGAAUCAAAGCCCAUCUACUGCCAGGGCUGCCAGAGCAUCUCCUUCUGCACCUUCACACAGCUGUCCCUGCUGGUCGUCUGCUCCAAGUACUGGAGGGUGUUCGAUGCAGGUGAUUACUCCUUACUGUGCUCCGUGCCCAGUGAAAAUGACCAGGCCUGGACUGGAGGAGACUUCAUUGCAGCCGACAAGGUCAUCAUCUGGACCGAGGACGGCUGCAGCUACAUCUACAAGCUGCCCGCCAGCUGCCUCCCAGCCAGCGAGCACUUCCGGAGCGACGUCGGCAAGACCGCGGAGGGCUCCGUCCCCCCGGUGGUCUACAGCAUCGCCGACCGCGCAGACAAACAGCUGCUCAUCUGUCCCCCGGUGACCCGCUUCUUCUACGGGCGACGGGAGCCCUUCCACAAGCUGCUGGUGCAGGGCGACUCGGGCGGGCGGCUCACCCUGUGGAGCAUCCCCGACACCUCACCCCUGCAGCCGCUGUCCACCACGGCAGAGCUUCAGGUCUCCUCCACCAUCAGCCUCCAGGAGGCGUUCGACAAGCUGACGCCCCUGCCGGCGGGCAUCAUCGACCAGCUGAGCGCGGCGGCGGGCUCGGACGAGCCCAUCAAGGUGACGGCCAGCGUGUACAUCCCGUCGCAGGGCCGGCUGGUGUGCGGCCGCGAGGACGGCAGCAUCGUGCUGGUGCCCGCCACGCAGACCGCCAUCGUGCAGCUGCUGCAGGGCGAGCACAUGCUGCGUAGAGGCUGGCCGCCUCACCGCACCCUGAGGGGACACCGCAACAAGGUGACCUGCCUGCUGUACCCUCACCAGGUGUCCCCGCGCUACGACCAGCGCUCGCUGGUGUCCGGCGGGGUGGACUUCUCUGUCAUCGUGUGGGACAUCUUCACGGGCGAGAUGAAGCACAUCUUCUGCGUCCACGGGGGAGAGAUCACCCAGCUGCUGGUGCCGCCCGAGAACUGCAGCACGCGUGUGCAGCACUGCGUGUGCUCGGUGGCGAGCGACCACUCGGUGGGGCUGCUGAGUCUCCGGGAGAGGAAGUGCAUCAUGCUGGCGUCCCGCCACCUCUUCCCCAUCCAGGUCAUCAAGUGGCGGCCCUGCGACGACUACCUGGUGGUGGGCUGCUCCGACGGCUCCGUCUACGUCUGGCAGAUGGACACAGGGGCUCUGGACCGCUGCGUGAUGGGCAUCACCGCCGUGGAGAUCCUGAACGCCUGCGACGAGGCGGUCCCGGCGGCCGUGGACUCGCUCAGCCACCCAGCGGUCAACCUGAAGCAGGCCAUGACCCGCCGCAGCCUGGCCGCGCUCAAGAACAUGGCCCAGCACAAGCUGCAGACGCUGGCCACCAACCUGCUGGCCUCCGACAACGCCGACAAGGGGAACCUACCAAAAUACUCCCACAAUUCCCUGGUGGUGCAGGCGAUGAAGACCAAUCUGACGGACCCGGACAUGCACGUGCUCUUCUUCGACGUGGAGGCGGUGAUCAUCCAGCUGCUGACGGAGGAGGCCCAGAGGCCCAACCCGACGCUGGUGUCCCCCGAGACGCUGCAGAAGUCGCAGGGGAGCGCCGACAAGGGCGGCUCCUUCCUGGCGGGCAAGCUCUUCAAGCAGGUGAAGGAGACCAUCAAGGAGAACAUCAAGGAGCACCUGCUGGAUGAGGACGAGGACGAGGAGGAGGAGCUCCGGCGGCGCGAGGAGAAGUCCAAGUCGCUCAGCCUGCUGGAGUACAACCUGACCAUGGACACGGCCAAGCUCUUCAUGUCCUGCCUGCACGCCUGGGGUCUGAACGGGGCGCUAGACGAGGUGUGCCUGAACCGGCUGGGCAUGCUCAAGCCCCACUGCCCCAUCUCCUUCGGCCUGCUCUCGCGCGGCGGCCACAUGUCCCUCAUGCUGCCCACCUUCAAGGAGUCCAUGCUCCGCGCCAUGGCCGCCGGCCGCGCCGACGCCGCCGGCCGCAAGAUGUCGGCGUCGGAGAUCGUGGGCAAGGGCACCUACGGCGUGUCGCGCGCCGUCACCACGCAGCACCUGCUGUCCGUCAUCUCGCUGGCCAACACCCUCAUGGGCAUGACCAACGCCACCUUUGUGGGCGAGCACAUGAAGAAGGCCCCCGCCAGGCCCCCAAGACCGGGAACCCCCGAGACUGCCAAAAGGACCCCCCCGCCGGUCUCCAACCCGGUCAUGCAAGGACAGAUCAAACAAGCCGCUGCUGCUGUUGCUGCUACCACUUCCACUACUACCACACCUGGCUCUGGGGCUAUGUACCCCAGCCCUGCUUUCCAUCCCUGUCCCUCAGUCAACGAAGGUUGGAGCCAGCUCGCUGCCAUGCACUGCGUCAUGCUUCCGGACCUCCUGGGCCUGGACAAGUUCCGCCCCCCGCUGCUGGAGAUGCUGGCCCGCCGGUGGCAGGACCGCUGCCUGGAGGUGCGAGAGGCGGCGCAGGCCCUGUUGCUGGCGGAGCUGCGCAGGAUUGGUCAGUCGGGCAGGAAGGACACCAUCGACAUGUGGGCUCCGUACCUGCCGCAGUAUGUGGACAGCGUUAGCUCCCCAGGAGCAGCCACGGAGGCCGCCCAGCCGGCCCCUCCCCCGCCCGAACCCCAGCCCGUCGAAACCAAGGCCCCGGAGGAGGAGAUGGACGUCACCGACGAUGACAUCACCGCUGGAUGCCUGUCCAACCUGCCGCCGAGCACCAAGAAGAUCUCCAACUCCUACGAGGAGCGGCGCAAGCAGGCCACGGCCAUCGUCCUGCUGGGGGUGAUCGGCGCCGAGUUUGGCGCCGAGAUCGAGCCCCCGAAGCUGCCGUCGCGCCCCCGCGCCAGCGCUCAGGCGCCGGACGGCUUCGGCCUGACCACCGGGGGGUCCAACUACUCCCUCGCCAGGCACACCUGUAAGGCCCUGACGUUCCUCCUCCUCCAGCCCCCCAGCCCCAAGCUGCCCCCGCACAGCACCAUCCGCCGCACGGCCAUCGACCUGAUCGGGCGGGGCUUCACCGUGUGGGAGCCCUACAUGGACGUGUCGGCCGUGCUCAUGGGCCUGCUGGAGCUGUGCGCCGACGCUGAGAAGCAGCUGUCCAACAUCACAAUGGGCCUGCCCCUCAACCCGGCGGCGGACUCGGCUCGCUCGGCCCGGCACGCUCUCUCCCUCAUCGCCACGGCCAGGCCGCCAGCCUUCAUAACCACCAUCGCCAGGGAGGUUCACAGGCACACGGCCCUGCAGGCCAACACGCAGUCCCAGCAGAACGUGCACACCACCACGCUGGCCCGCGCCAAGGCCGAGAUCCUGCGCGUCAUCGAGAUCCUCAUCGAGAAGAUGCCUGGGGACGUGGUGGACCUGCUGGUGGAGGUGAUGGACAUCAUCAUGUACUGCAUGGAGGGGUCUCUGGUGAAGAAGAAAGGCCUCCAGGAAUGCUUCCCUGCCAUCUGCAGGUUCUACAUGGUGGGCUACUGCGACCGCAGUCACAGGAUCGCCGUGGGGGCGCGCCAGGGGUCCGUGGCUCUCUACGAUGUCCGCACCGGGAAGUGCCAGAACAUCCACGGACACAAGGGCCCGAUCACGGCGGUGUCCUUUGCCCCGGAUGGACGCUACCUGGCCACCUACUCCAACGCCGACAGCCACAUCUCCUUCUGGCAGAUGAACACCUCGUUGCUAGGCAGCAUCGGCAUGCUCAACUCCGCCCCCCAGCUGCGCUGCAUCAAGACCUACCAGGUGCCGCCGGUGCAGCCGGCGUCGCCCGGCUCGCAGAACGCCCUCAAGCUCGCCCGCCUCAUCUGGACCUCCAACCGCAACGUCAUCCUCAUGGCCCACGACGGCAAGGAGCACCGCUUCAUGGUCUGAGGGGGAGAUGCACCGGCCCGAACGAGGGAACCCCUUGCCCGCCCGCCCCCCCUCCGCCCUAUUUUCCUCCCGAGCCACCCGCCACCAUUGCCCGACUCCGGGAGCCGCCCGAGGCUGAGCGCCGUUUACGCCCCUUCCCACUGUUUACAUGGUGUUCCUCUCCCCCUUUGCUGAUUUUAUUCCUGCUGUUAUUUAAUUAAA